CAGCGGGAAGAUGACCGAAGGAGCGCAUCUGCUCGAGAAAGCUGUGGUCAUUCUUUUUCCUUGCGAAAGCUAUGGAGCAAAAAAGGAAAGCUUAAUUUUAAUUGGUUAGAAGGGCUUUGUGAAAGAAAACAAAGGCUUUAAUUGGCUAAUUGGUUUAAAAAGCUCCGUAGCUUUCUCGAAGGAAGAAGAAAGACUCUCUAGGAAAAAGAAAGAAUUAAAUGGCUGAAAAAGUGAGUCAAAAAUCUAGCCAAUUGAAAAUUGUUAUUUUCAACUGUAGCUACUUUGUGUAUUACAUUAGUUUACCAGCUGCGCUGAUUAGUGCACCAGAAGCUAAAUACUACUCUAAUCAUCAUGACUCUGGUCUUAGAAGGCUUGUUGUUGAAAGGCAGCUCAGUUCCAUGUCUAGCAAAGCUGCGGGUUUAUAGCGGAUCUUUCGGAUAACAUUUCCACCUCUUUUUCACAAUGAAGCUCUUGCGCCAAUCGGAGCUGCUCCCUAUGAAGAUGGCAAAGUGACAGCUCCCUGUAGCUAAAUCUGUAGAAGCGCAUGAAGCAAUGGACGUGACCUCUCUGAAUUGGCCUAUCAUUCCAGCCACCCCCCUUUUCUA